AAUAAUAUGCACUAUCACAUUACAAGCAUUCAGGGCAGUAGCUGCUUCUUUUUAUUGUUUUUGCUUUCUUUCUUCUCAACAACUUCUAAUGCUCUGACCGAUUCUGAGGUGUCCUUCAUUGCCCGUCGUCAAUUAUUAACUCUCCCUAAAGAUGGGCAGCUACCACCAAUUCCCGAAUUUGAGAAAGCACUUGAAGAACAGUUUGAAAAUGAUAGGCUGAAGAGGGCAUAUGUGGCACUUCAGGCCUUCAAGAAGGCCAUCUACUCUGACCCUCAAAACAUGACUGGUAAUUGGGCUGGGGCAGAUGUAUGCUCAUACAAUGGUGUGUUUUGUACACCGGCGAAAGAUGAUCCCAAUGUCAGAGUUGUUUCUGGGAUUGAUCUUAAUCAUGGUGACAUUGCCGGGUAUUUACCAGCAGAGCUUGGCCUUUUGACAGAUCUGGAAUUAUUCCACGUCAACUCUAACAGGUUUUGUGGAAUUGUUCCGAUAAGCAUGUCGACCCUUACCAAUCUUAUUGAGUUUGAUAUCAGUAACAAUCGUUUCGUUGGUCCUUUCCCAAGUGUUUGUCUGUACUGGAAAAAGCUCCAGUACCUUGAUAUCAGAUUUAAUAAUUUCGAAGGCCCGUUACCUCCUGAGGUGUUUGAGCUGCCACUUGAUGUAUUGUUAGUCAACAAUAAUUGGCUCUCAUCUUGCAUUCCAGAAACAAUGGGAAAAUCCAAAGCAACUGUUGUUGUCUUUGCUCAUAACAACUUCACCGGAAGCAUUCCUAGAACUCUUACCCAGAUGAAAAACUUGGCUGAGAUUCUCUUCAUUGACAAUCAACUUGGAGGUUGUAUUCCAGAACAAAUGGGACAGCUUUCUAAAUUGACUGUAUUUGAUUGUACCUCCAACAAUAUUACAGGAAGUUUGCCUAAUAGCUUCUCGGAGCUGAAAAGUCUUGAGAUAUUAGCCCUUUCACAUAAUCAACUAAUGGGAAAGGUGUCAGAGGAAAUCUGCAAGCUACCGAAACUUUCGAAUUUCACAUUCACUGAUAAUUUUUUCCAGGAAGUGGGUAAAGAAUGCAGUUCCAGGCAGAACUUUGUGAUGAAUGAUACAAACAACUGUUUGGCUGACAGGCCUGGGCAGAAAAUGGCAAAUAUGUGCUCUGCAAUCAAAACUGUGGACUGCGACGCAAUCUAUCAGAGGUGUGGUGGGUCUGAGCAAGCUCCAUUACCUACACCUGUUCCAACGCCAGGCACAGCUACUCCAUCACCUCCUACAACAACACAGCCACCAGUUCCAGAGUCGCAGUCUCCACCAGUGCCUACUACUCCAUCACCUCCUACAACAACACAGCCACCACCAGCUCCAGUAUUGCAAUCUCAGCCACCGCCAACAACUACCCCACCUCCUACACAAACACAACCACCACCAGCUCCAGUCUUGCAAUCUCCACCACCGGCUACUACUCCAUCAAAACCAGUAGCCCCGGUGCCAUCACCUGAUCUAUAUGACCAAGCUCCAGUGAAGCAGACAAGGCCUACACCGCCAACCCCUGCUCCUCAGGCACAGCCACCAUCAACAAAUCAGUGGUGGCCUUGGACACAACCACCACCAACACAGGAACCAUCUAAACCAUCACCUCAAAUUUCUGAGCCACCAACACAGUCUACCUCUGUGUCACCGCCACCAGAGCAAGUGGUCGAGCCACCAAAACAGUCCACUACAGUGCCACCACCACCAAAACAGUCUACUUCAGUGCCACAACCGCCUGUGGCUGAGCAACCAAAGCCUGUUGUUGAGUCACCGAAAGAGUCUACUCCAGUGUCAGCACUGCCAAAGCCUGUUGUUGAGCCACCAAAACAGUCCACUCCGGAGCCACCACCAAAGCCAUGGUGGCCUUGGACACCAACACAAACACCAACACCUUCACUAUCAGAACCACCAACAUCCAUUCCCACACCCACACCAUCAAAGUCCCCGGCUCCAGUGACACAACCACCAACACCAACAUCAUCAAAGUCACCUGCUUCAAUGCCACAACCAUCAAAACCAUCUACAUCCACACCUACGCCGUCAACACCAACACCAACACUAUCAACGCCACCAACUCCAGUGUCACAACCGUCAAAACCAACUACAAGUACACCUACUGCUACACCAACACCAACAAAAUCGCCAGCUCCAGUGCCCCAACCAUCUAAAUCAUCAACUCCUACACCAACACCAUCAAAAUCGCCAACACCUACACCUACAAUUUCACCAACACCAACUCCAGAGUCACACCCAUCAAUGUCACUAACACCCGCACCAACACCACAACCUGAUUCUUUUGCGGUAAAACCAAAGAAAAAACAGUUGCCACCACCAACACCUAUACAAUCACAACCACCAACUUCAACGCCACAACCAUCUAAGCAGUGGUGGCCAUGGACUCCAACACCACCAACACAAGCACCAACACCAACACUUACACCGACACCUACUCCACAACCACCAACAGUUUCGGCACCUACUCCAUUAGGCACCACAACACCUCAAAACCAAACUACACCACCACCACGUGGCCAAUCCCCACCACUACCUCCUCCCACGCAGUCUCCACCCCCACCAGUCCACUCACCUCCACCACCAGUCCAUUCGCCACCCCCACCAGUCCACUCACCUCCACCACCUGUCCACUCUCCACCCCCACCAAUCCAUUCACCUCCACCACCAGUCCACUCUCCACCACCACCAGUCCAUUCUCCCCCACCCCCUGUCCACUCUCCACCACCACCUGUCCACUCUCCACCACCACCGGUCCACUCACCCCCACCCCCUGUCCACUCUCCACCACCACCUGUCCACUCACCCCCACCACCGGUCCACUCUCCACCACCACCUUCUCCACCCCCGCCAGUCCACUCACCUCCACCACCUGUCCAUUCUCCACCACCACCGGUCCACUCACCCCCACCACCGGUCCACUCUCCACCACCACCUUCUCCACCCCCGCCAGUCCACUCACCGCCACCACCAGUCCACUCACCCCCACCACCGUCUCCACCCCCACCAGUCCACUCACCUCCACCACCGUCUCCACCCCCACCAGUCCACUCACCUCCACCACCGUCUCCACCCCCACCAGUCCAUUCACCCCCACCACCAGUCCGCUCACCACCCCCACCAGUCCACUCACCUCCACCACCACCUCCUCCCACACCGUCUCCACCCCCACCAAUCCACUCACCCCCACCACCGUCUCCCUCGCCGUCUCCACCCCCACCAAUCCACUCACCACCACCACCGAUCAAAUCAACACCUCCAACCCCAACUCCAACUCCGCCAAUGGGCUCUCCUCCACCAAAAACACAGGCUCCCCCGUCAAAUGAUGAAGACGACUUCCAACUCCCGAAAAACGUUGGAGCCCAAUAUCAUUCACCACCUCCACCAGUUUUCCAGGGCUAUUAAGGUUGUACUUUUUUAAAAGUCUUGCACUCGAAAUACAACGUCAAUAUAUGCUUUAUUAGUUGAUAAACUUCUCACUUCAAGGAUUUGUUCUUUUCUCUUGUAUUCAUUGACGAGUGGAAGUUUUUGAGAAGUUUUUGUAAUAAAUAUGAUUUUUAAUAAUAUGAUUUUUUUUUAUACCA